AUGAGCCUCAAUUGCUUGAUCUGCCAACACAGAUCAAAUUCAAACAACUAUAGGGAAUAUUGUGCUAAAGAAGAGAAUUGUAAAGAGAGGGUUGGUACAAGUUGUUCAGGCAUUAGCCCCGCAUAUUACGAUGAAAUUAAAAGUGAUCAUGAGCCAACAUCGUUGGUGAUCGCUAAAAAUAAGAUAAACAAGGGUCAUCGCCGCCUAAAGACAAUCGAUUCCCCUUACAGAGCUACGGCAUUUGAAUCUGACAAUGAUGAACCUAAGCUGGUGAGGAGUAGUGGGGUGAGGAGGAAUUGGAGCUUUAAGGACAUGUGA